GCGAGGUAUCAGGAGCCCAGAAAAUCCCAGAAGUUUUUUCCUCUCUUUUCUCUUUCACUUUUCACUAGUGAGACCGGGUCCAAUAUUAUUGUCGUGCGCUACUAGUAAUUUCUAAUUUAUAAAAUUAAAUAAAAAGGUUAUGGUCUGCGUAUGUACGCGCAUUUUCGCGGAUUAUAUUUUUUAACCUAAUUUACAUUAAAAACGAUAAAAAGUUUCGUGGGUCGUGGGUUUAUGUAUUCUAUCUAUUUUAUAAAUAAAUGGCAAUAAGUACAAUUUUAUUUAAAAAAUUAAUAAAUAAGUCAUUUAGUGAUAAAAAUAUAUUAUCAAGAAACAUAAUGACAAGUUCAAUGAAAGCUAAAAAAUUUUUAGAAAACUUGAAAGGAAAUCCUUACUUUGAUAAAUAUGCUGGAGCCAUUGCUAAAUUACAGCAAACAAAUCCAGAUGAAUUUUUAUCAAAGAUUCAAGAAACUGAGAAUAAAAAAAAUCAAAAAUCCAAGGAGCCAGGAACAUUUAAACGUGGAGCAAACGCUAAGCCAUCACUAACAUCUGACUUUAAACAACAUAACAAGGCACUUUUGUCAGAUGUUAUGAAAUUGGAGUUACUGGAGGAUAAAGGCAAGCAGGAAAUAACAGAUAUAUGGUUAAAUUAUCAUAAACAAAAGGAUUGUAUUUGUGGGGUAAUGGAACCGGAAAUUUUUGAUGUUAUGUUUGAAAAAGGAACAGAGUAUCCAACUUUUGUUUUGCCAUUGCCACGUGAAAAUGGCUAUGAAUUUAUUUUAAGUCAAUUUUCGGGUACUGAAGUUCAUAUGACACCUUUGAUAUGGUAUCAAACUCAUCAAGAAAACGCCCCCGAGUGUUUAAAAAUAAUUCAUUACACUGAUUUACGUGAAUCUAAGGGAUUAAUAUUAAUGAAAGGGGAAUUUGACACAAAGUCUCUUGAUGUACAAGAAGCUCAAUGUCUUGCUAAUGAAUUGCAAUUAUAUUACACUAAAAAUAAUCCUGAUAGAUUAAAAUUACUUGAAACAUUUACUAAACGACCUGAUGAAUUUAAGCAUAUGGAUUUAAUUGCACAAUUAGAAACAAUAACAUUAUUAAAUGAUAUCACUGAUACUAAAAAAUAAAUAAACUAAACUAAACCAUCAGUUAUUAUCAUUAUAAAUAAAUAAAUAAUUAGUCAUGUGUAUAAAUUAAAUAAAACAAACAAUAAAUCAAUAAAUAUAU